AUGACAACCUCACAGGAUGAAGAGUCUUCCAUAGGAUUGGUGAAUCCAGAGGUCACUCCUACAAACCACCCAGAAGAGGGAGAAACAGGAAAAAGGACAGAACAGAUCUUAAUCAAAAAUAAUACCUAUGCUGCUUGCCCGAGCAACUGGAUUGGAUUUGGAAAGAAAUGUUUUUACUUUUCUGAAUACUCAAGAAACUGGACAUCUAGCCAGGACUCUUGCAUGGCACAAGGGGCCCAACUAGCUCGAAUUGACAGCCAGGAGGAGCUGAAUUUUCUAAGGAGAUACAAGGGACCUUCCGACCACUGGAUCGGCCUACACAGAGAGUCAUCACAACACUCUUGGAGGUGGACAGACAACACUGAGUAUAACAACUUGUUUCCCAUCCAAGGACAUGAAAAAAAUUGCUACCUGAGUGACAGGAUCAGCAGUGGCAGGGGCUACAUACCUAGGAUGUCUAUUUGUAGCAGGUCCACAUGCACCUCACAGUGCUAG